UGUCUACUACUAUUUUUUGAGCUGACAAAAAAUAUACACUUUAUUUAAUCGAUUUUGUGCAAUAGUUAUUUUUUUUUUAGUUUGACAGACUUAUUUCUGUCUCCUAAUUAUGUGGAUUUUUGUUCAGAAMUGUCUUUUUGUAGCUCAAACAUAACGCAUUUCCUUAAUUCUGUCAAUUCAGUUGGRAUGAUUUGCCUUUUCAACUACCUCAAACAACAAAUGUGGACACCUGGCUUUUCGAAUUUUGCGGCUUCUGCAUACACAAACUCUAGCUUGUGAUUGGUCAGUUCGAAAGUCUAUUGUUUUUUCCAGCGUYGUGAUUGGACGACAGGCCAUGAAAGARUAUCGUCAGUUUCAUGCGAAUCAAAACAUUCGUAUUUUAUCGUAGACAAAGCUAAACAGCUGUCUCCGUAAAAAAGAGAUCUUCUCUCGAUGUUUUUACCAUGUCUUCUCCUGUAAAAAGAGCUAGAGUCUGUACCGAUUUUUAUAGAGCUACAAAAACAAGAUCUGCAUCUACAAAGACGUCUAAAUGCGACAAUGGACCAAAGAAAAAAGAACGUAUCUCUAAGCGUCUUCAAAGUAAAAACGCCAAGAAGCCUUGUGAUCGAUCUCCGAGAAAUGUUCGUAAAACUGCGUUCGGUGACCCACAACAACCAACUCUCAAAAAGACACACAACUUGAAGAAAUCAUUUGAAGUCAAAGCUAACAAAAUAACUGCACAUUUCCCCCGUUGUAAACCAUCGAAUGGAUACUGCCAUGUAAAAGCAGCCCCAGAUGAACUCCUGCUCCAGAUUUUCUCAUUUCUUCAAGCUGAUGAUCUUUGUAGAGUUUCUCAAGUGUGUACAAGAUUCGCUACCAUCUGUCAAGAUGAGACACUAUGGAAACAGCUUUAUUCAAGAGUUUUUGAUAUGAGAAAGCCUUUGAGAAGGACAGAGGAAGGACUUAUUGUUAGCCAAGAUUCAAUUGGAACACUUUCAUGGAAAGAGAGUUUCAAAAUGCUCCACAAUUCUCAUCAUGUUUACCAGAAUAAUUGCUUUCAAGAGAACAAUAUAUUGCAUCAUAAGACGGUACAAGAUGCCAUAGACAGUGUUCCUGCUAAUGGCUUCAUUCUAGUACAUGCUGGGACUUACAAAGAAAGUUUGGUUAUCAAUAAGCCUGUUUUUAUCAUUGGGGUUUCAUUUGGCGACAUUAAUGCAGUAACCAUAGAGAGCUCUGUUGUAACCACUGUCAAUUUUGAAUCUGGAUCAAGCGGUGCUCUUCUUGGUCACUUGACUGUCAAGCACACWGUYAACCAAUCUUCACAGUACAGCAAACAUGGAUGUUUGGAAAUCAGUGGUGAAUGUUCACCRGUGAUAUUCAAUUGCAGACUUACAAGUCUAUCACAUGCUGGAGCUACAGUGUAUGUGCAUGGAAAAACUGCAAGACCUGUUGUGUCAAACUGUGUGAUAUCAGAUUCUGAGAAUGUGGGAAUUUUUGUGACUGAUGGAGCUCAGGGUUUGUAUGAAGACUGUGAGAUUACAAAUACUAAACUAGCUGGAGUGUGGGUGAGAAGCCAUGCUAAUCCAAUCAUGAGACGCAACCACGUUCAUCAUGGUAGAGAUGUAGGAUUUUUCAUAUUUGAUCAAGGCCUGGGUUACUAUGAAAAGAACGACAUUCACCAUAACCGCAUCGCUGGUCUUGAGGUUCGUUCAUGGGCAAAUCCUACCGUGGUGGGCUGUUUGAUUCAUCAUGGCAUGACUGGAGGCAUAUAUUGUCAUGAUGACGCACGAGGAGAAUUCUUGGAAAACAAGAUCUACUCAAAUAAGUACGCUGGGAUCUGGAUCACCUCGCAAAGUAAUCCAACAAUUAAAAAUAACGAAAUAUUUGAUGGUCAACAAGGAGGUGUUUACGUUUUUGGCGAAGGACGAGGUCUGAUAGAAAGCAACAAUAUUCAUGAUAAUGCCUUGGCUGGAAUUCAAAUACGUACUAAAAGUAACCCAAUAGUACGAUGUAAUAGAAUCCACAGUGGUCUUCAUGGCGGGAUUUACAUUCACGAAGGAGGCCAAGGACUCAUAGAGGAGAACGAAAUAUUCAGCAAUACGUUAGCGGGUGUUUGGAUAACCACAGGAAGUUCACCAACAUUACGAUAUAACAGAAUACACAGUGGCAAACAGGUUGGAGUGUAUUUCUAUGAYGGUGGUUGUGGUACUCUGGAAGACAAUGAUAUUUUUAAUCAUAAAUACUCAGGAAUUCAAAUACGGUCUAACAGUAACCCUCUCAUUAGAAGAAACAAAAUUUGGGGAGGACAAAAUGGAGGCGUGCUUGUUUACAACGAAGGAAUGGGUUUGCUUGAAGAAAAUGAAAUMUUUGACAAUGCYAUGGCUGGUGUUUGGAUCAAGACYGACAGCAAUCCCGUCUUACGAAAAAAUAAAAUCCACGAUGGUCGAGAAGGAGGCAUAUGUAUUUUCAAUGGUGGAAAAGGUGUUCUAGAAGAAAACGAAAUCUUCAGAAAUACUCUAACAGGAGUCUUAAUUAGUACAUCGAGCUUCCCUGUAUUGAAAAACAACAGGAUUUAUGAUGGUGGAGCCGCGGGAAUAGAAAUCACCAACAACGCAGGAGGCCUAUUAGAAGAUAACGAAGUAUUCAAUAACCGCUUUGAUGGCAUCUGUCUAGCUACUGGCGUCAAACCAAAAUUAAAAAAUAACAAAGUGUACAGUAACAAAGGCGAAGUAGAGCACGCUGUCGAUGGUGGAUUGUGUCUGUUUCAAGUAUCAGGGAAUUCUUGUUAUCCAAUGCACGACUUCUACAAAUGCAACACGUGUGGUACGACUGAUGGCUUUGCUAUUUGUAUUAGCUGUGUAAAUAAAUGUCACCGAGGACACAACAUCAGCUUCGUUAGACACGAUAGGUUUUUUUGUGAUUGUGGUGCAGGAUCAACUGGCAUCAACUGCAAGCUAACCGGCGAGUCUUCAAGAUCAGUGACUUCCUGYAAAAGCCGGCAUACGCAYAAUUCAUGUAAUGCCGAUGGUGCCGAGGGCAUGCAYAGUGAUAAUUCAUCAAUAAUAAGUUGAUGACACUUAAAAUAGUUAGUUUUUAAAAUUGAAAWWUUGGCCGUACAUUUUAUCUAUUGAAACUCGCCGCAACUCAAAAUAUCGUUGAAAACUGACGUAGUUUAUUAUUGUAUUGAUUUAGUUUGUAUCAAACUAUKAUAUUAUAGAAUAUCUCUCUCUAUCCAUCCACUAAUAUAUUGAUAUUGACCCAUAAUAUUUAAGUAAUAUCCAACAUGAUAAAAUCAAAAACCGUUCGUAUGUAAGAUAAACUAUUUAUAUAGGCCACUGUUAUCAGAUUAAUUUAUAAUUUUACAAGAGGUUUUUAAUAAAGACAUUUUAUUAUAAAGCAUAA